AUGUACUCAAGGAAUUAUUUGUGCGAGCAUGAUGAGUGGGGGGUGGAGGGAGAAGGGUUACCUACUGACAUCACAGGAGGGGGAAGAAAAGGAAGUAAAGCGACACGGAAAGAUGGUACCCUUGGGAAGGAACCACAGAUGGGCAGCACUGAAAAUUUAUCUCCAGGAAGUGAAGCCAAGUUGGUGAGAGGAAGCAGCAAGCAGAGUGAGAGCCUUCCUGGGGGGGAGGAGCGCUAUGCUAGGCGUCACGUUUCUGUGAGGAAGGCCUCUAUACAGGGUGCCUCCAUGAGGUGCGCCACCGACCGGAACUCCCCGGGCAGCUCCCUCUGGUUCGACUCGAACGAGAGUGUUCGAUCGCAGGGGGGGAGAAAAACAAAAGAGAAACGGAAAGGCGAACGGAAAGGGGAACGGAAAGGGGAACAAAAAGGGGAACAGAAAGGGGAACAGAAAGGGGAACAGAAAGGGGAACGGAUUAACCAAGCAGUCGAGCACACAACGGAUGUGUUAAGCAAAGACCUCGGACAGCGACUCAGUCAAGUGAAAGCAAAAAUUAAUUCAGCCUUCGACCUGUGGGAGAGUAGCAACCCCUUGGGUCACCCCGAGGGAGAGCUGCAGCAGCUGGAAGAAGAAGAAGAAGGUCGCCUCCUCCUCAGAAGGAAAACCAACCUGUAUAACUACAAGUUCAGCGAGGGGGGGGAGCCUUCCAGCGAGGCCGACCGGAGUGGACAUUGGGGGGAGCUCAACCAGAUUGGGAGCUUUGCCGAGCUCAGCCAGGUUGGGGGAUUUGCCGAGCUCAGCCAGUGUGGCGAACUCAAUUUCGGCGGUAGCGCGCGCAGUGGGGGAGGAGCCCCGCGUGGAAGUCAUCACCAUGGGGGGAAGCACAUCGACGCGGCUUUGCGCAGCCAGGACUUGUGCCACGUGGAUGAUAUGAAUGGAGAACGCAGGGAACCGUGCGAAGGGAAUAGUGCCAAGUGGAACGAACCUCCUAGUGGGGAAGUCAGAACAAAUAAGGAGAAUUCCCAUGUAUAUGUUAAACAGAAGCUAACGAAGGAGGUUGCCCCGAGUGGAGGAAGGAGGGGUCCCUCAAGUGUGCAUAGAAACCAAGCAAAGAAUACUCCCUCUAUUAGAAGCUUGCAUCAUAGCAACAUGAGCAGUCAGCAAAAUGGAAGCGCGAGAGGGUCCGUGAGCUCACUGAGGAGUCACCAUACGGACCAUCCCAAAAAGCAAGAGGAGAAAAUAACGCAGUCAAAAAAAGAAGGUGUGAGUGUUAGGGGUGCAAAUGGAUUAAUGAGGUCUAUAUCCACCACUCUAUCGGAGAGGUCGGGGAAGCCGAACGCACAAACUAGCGUUAUCAUGAGCAGCAGCAGCAGCAGGGGUGAUGAUCCGAGUGGGAUGCAAAGACCGUUCCCCUGUGCCGACUCGAAGGAGGCGAGAGGAAAAGUGAGCACCAAAAUGAAGAAGGAGAAGAAUAAGAAGAAAAACGACAGUGAUAGAAGUAACAACGGUAGCAGCAACAUCGGCAACAACAGCAACAACAGCAACAGCAGCAGCGGCAACAACAGCAACAACAGCAACAACAGCAACAACAGCAGCGGCAACAACAAGCUCGUGCCUUCGUCGGAUGAUGAGGGACGUGUUCUCGACACCACGGAGGUCAGCGAGGAGCGUAAAUUUUUUCACGAAAUUAAGGCGUACCUCAAUUAUAAGAGCGGGGUGGGGGCGCUAGACGAGGAGCACGCUGCUCACCCGGAUGACGCGGCCCACUCGGAUGGCGCUGCUCACUCGGAUGACGCUGCUCACUCGGAUGACGCUGCUCACUCGGAUGACGCGGCUCACCCGGAUGGCGCAUCUGCGGGAGUGCCAACCCAGAGGGGCGACAAUAACUCCCUCGAGUGGGACACCCAAUUGAGGAGCUCCGAAAACGUAGCCAAACGGAGAAGCGCUUCUAGGAAGAAGCAGCCCGUCAGGCAGUCAUCGUCAGUCGAGGGGGAGGCGGUACUACCCAAAGGGGGUAGCUAUAGCAGUAGAGGCGACGCAGUGCCAAAGUCAAGUGCAGGGGAGAGGCAUACCGACCCCACCUCUCACCAAAGAAGUGGCGGAGGAAAGCGUGUCUCUCAAAACGUAGGGCAGGAGUUCCAAAAGGGAAAGGAACAAAAAGGCAGGCACGUCGAAAAACAGUACAGCGAAAUGAACGCACGAGGGAUGCAUCCCCCCAAGGGAUAUACAAAGUUAACCCCAAGACAGGAAAAAAUCGAACACGUCGGGGGGUUGAUCGACCUCUCGGAGGAGGAAGGGGCAAGGGAGACGCUGCACUUAGUGGAUUAUUUAGAAAGCAACGGAAGGGAACGAACUGGGGGUCACCUGCCCCAUCAUGGGAUGGAAAGGAGCCCCCCUUUGAUCGACCUUGCAUUGGCGGAGGAAACGAACGGAGCUGAAUGGGGGGGGGGAGCUCCAAGUGCCGAUGUGAGAGAUGGGGAUGAGAAGUUCGGCGAGAAGUUCGGAGAGAAGUCCAGCGAGGUCAGCGCGAAUGACCUGCACCCCGCUGCAGAGCUGAGUAGGAAGAGCGCAACGAAGGGAGUGGCGGUGGAAGAAGAAAGGAAGAAGGAUGGCAAUACCCCAGGCAGUCUUGGCACAGAACAGACGGAGCAACACUCUCCUCGUAUGGAUGGAUGCACCAACGAUGUGGGGAACAACGCAGGGGAGGUCUCCUGUCCGGGGGGGGAAAACGGGCUGAGGAUCAGAUUCCCAUUUCCACAGAGGGGAAAAAAAUUUAAGGACAUUUUCAUUUCGCUCAUUAAGAGGGGCGAUGUGGGAAGAAGCCCCGAGGAGGGUAGAAGCCAAGAGGAGGGAAGAAGCCCCGAUGAGGGAAAAGCCCACGAGGAGGGAAGAACCCAAGAGGACGGAAAAACCCAAGAGGAGGGAAGAACCCAAGAGGAGGGAAGAACCCCCGAGGAGGGGGAAGAAAAACACACAAAAAUGGUAAAAGAAACGAGUGACCUCUCCUUCGAAACCAACUCAGCCAGCAGAAAAAAACCAAACACAUUGUAUAACAACUUUUUAGAGAGUCUGAAGCAUCCCUCAUGUAGACACGUAAUCGACAAGGUAAGGACAUUCAUUCAGAGAUUCCCCAAAGAUGUCAGCAGAGAUGUGGCAGCCAACCAAAUACAUGGGUUCAUAAAUGAGACACAACCGAUUCUGCUAAAUUGUCACAUCUACAGAAGUGUGAACAAAUACCAAGCUAAUGUAAUCAUAGAGGGGUAUGAAAAAUUUCUUCUGCAAAAGUUGCAUCCCUAUGUGUAUAGAAUGGAGACUAAGGACAAAGACGAGGAUGAAAAAAUAUACACGAAAAUUAAUUGCCUGCAGUGGGUUGAACUAAAGCAUUUGGAGAUAGAGGAGGGCAUCCAAUUGGAUCGACUAAAACACGCACAGGCGGAACUCAUGCGCAUACAGAAAAUGAGAGCCCCUAACGAUAAGCUCAUUAUGAUACUUAAUUGCUGCCGCAUCGUUACAUCUGCGGUUUACGCGGCGAAGAAGAGUUCGAGGCGCAACCGGGGGGGGAAGUCACACGGGUUGGACAAACGGAGCGAUUUAGGCAUUACCCAGGAGAACGCCGAAACGACCGUUGAAAGUGACGCAGGGGAGGAGCAGCAGUGUAGCGGAGCUGAACCGGACGUUGCGAAAGAUGAAAAGGACAUCGCCAAAGCUGAAUGGGACACCGCCAAAGCCGAAUGGGACACCGCCAAAGCUGAGCGGCACACCGCCAAAGCUGAACGGCACACCGCCAAAGCUGAACGGCACACCGCCAAAGCCGAAUGGGACACCGCCAAAGCCGAAUGGGACACCGCCAAAGCCGAAUGGGACACCGCCAAAGCCGAACGGGACACCGCCAAAGCUGAAGCGGACGCUGAACUGGAUGACGACGAGCUGCUGCCUUGCGCAGAUGAAGUGCUCCCCGUGCUCAUCUACGUCAUUAUCAAGGCCAACCCACCAGAACUCAUUUCUAACAUCGCCUACAUCCAAAGCUUUAGGCAUCCGAACCAUUUCGUGUCGGAAGAAGCCUACUCCUUCACCCAGUUUUGCAGUGGCGUGGAGUUCAUUAAAGAACUCGGAAAGACCACCUUCCUAAACCUCCCCGAAGAAGAAUACAAAGAAAAGGUAUCCCAAGCUGAGCAGUUCUACCUGAACGAAGUUAAAGAGAGCAACAAGAAGCUGCAAGAAGCGGCGGGAAAACUCACCGACUUCAUCAAGCACGCCAAUGAGAAGAAACUCUGUGUGAAUGUUAUUAACAAAAUAGAGGCUCUACAGUUGCGUUUCGAGGGGGAGGACAACUUCAACGAGCUGACCGUCUCGAAGUUAGGCGCCAUUUUCGAGGAGUACAAGAUGCUCGUGCGGCUGAAGAAUGAGAUUUUGCGGGACAUGCAAGAGCACGAGCAGGCGGUCAGUGGAGGGGAUAGAAGCGGUGCAGGGGAUUGA